AUGAAGAGCCAAGAGUCUAUGCUUGAAGCAUGGGAGAGAUUCAAUGCUUUGUUGAAGAAGUGUCCCAACCAUGGGCUAUCUCUGGGCCAUCAAGUGAGCCUUUUCUACAAUGGAUGCUCGGAAUUCAUCAAAAGUCAACUAAACUUUGGCUCCGGGGGGUCAUUUUUGGGCAAGGGGGUCGAUGAGUUCAAGAAGAUGCUUCAAAGGCUUGCCUUCACUAGUAAGGGUUGGAGCGCAAAUCGAGAUGGUUCAAUGCCAGUAGCUUCGGUAGUUGAUGCGGAUGCCGUUAACCUUCUCUCCCUACAAUUGAUGAUGUUGAAUCAAAAGGUGGAUGACCUUAGUUUGGGGGUGGCACCCAUUGGAGGGCCUCAACCGCCCGUUGAAGAUGUCAAUUAUGUACACCAAGGGGGUAAUCCAAGGAAUUUCAACAAUUAUCGCCUUAAUAAUGGGGGUGGUAAUUAUCAAGGCUACCGCCCACCCUUCAAUGCGCAUCCAAACUUCUCAUAUGGAAAUCCAAGUAAUGCUAUCCAACCAUCUCCAUCUCCAUCUCCCGGAUUUGGAGCAUCAAGUGGGGCCACCAAUGUACCUAGCCCCUCAAAAUCUUCGAGUGAUGUCACAAAUGAGCUUCUAAAAGCUCUCAUGGAGAAGACCGAUGGGAUAAUGACACACUCCACCAUGAGAAUUGAUAAAGUUAAAACGGCGGUAGUGGAGGUCACCACAAGAUUGGGGGCUUUAGAGCAUCGAGUUAGUCAAAUUGCUCAAGCCGUUGGAAAAAUACAUCAACCGGGGCAAUUUCCAAGCACUACAAUUCCAAAUCCGAAAGAUUGCAAGGCAAUCUACUUGAGGAGUAGGACAAGCUAUGAGAGUCCUCCUAUGCCCGAAGUGGAAACUAAGGAAGUCCCGGAAGAAAAGAAAGAAGAAGAGGAAAUAGAGGUGGAGUCACAUAAUAUGCCACCCGAGAUUCAUCAUGAAGCAAAUGCUCCUUCCAAUCCAAAAGAGGUUAAAAUUUCUUUCCCUAAAGUGGUACAAAAGAAGAAAUUGGAUGAGAGGUUUGCGAAGUUCCAUGAGAUCUUCAAGAGGGUGCACCUCAACAUACCUCUCAUUGAGGCACUCCAACAAAUGCCCGGUUAUCUCAAAUAUUUGAAGGAGAUUAUGUCCAAGAAGAAGAAGAUGGUUGAUUAUGAAACCGUGAACUUGACCGAGAAUUGUAGUGCAAUUAUCCAACAAAAGAUGCCGGCAAUGAUGAAGGAUCCGAGGAGCUUCAACAUCUCUUGUGUGAUAGGGAAUGAUAGGCAAACUAAGGCCUUGUGUGACUUGGGGGCAAGCAUAAAUCUUAUGCCCUUAAGCUUCUUCCGGAAGUUGAAGUUUGGUGUCUUGAAGCCGAUCACCAUCACCCUUCAAAUGGCGGAUAAGUCCGUCAAGUUCCCCAAUGGAAUCUUGAAAAUGUCUUAG